GCGAAACGAGAAAUGGCGGCCGUCGGUCGCAUGUGAAGUUCGAUUCCAGUUUCGAGCCGGUGAUAGGGAGAGAGAGAGAAAGUGGUGCUGUGCUCACAAAUCAUUAGUAUGAUAAAUUACAUGAAGCCUGUUUUGUCGCGAUCCGUGUGUUUUGCUCCUUCACUUUCACUUUCCGCCUCUCACACCACUACCUCUACGUAUAUCAAGACUGCUCAAAGGUCUUUCUUCAACUUUCGCAAAGCUACUGCUGUAUCAACGUCAUCUGCGAACAUGUCUUCCGCUACCUCUUUCCACGAGUUCAAGCCCCUUGACAAGAGAGGCCAGGUCUACGAUCUGUCUCAGCUCAAGGGCAAGGUCGUCCUCGUUGUCAACACUGCCAGCAAGUGCGGUUUCACCCCUCAGUUCGAGGGUCUCGAGAAGCUCUACAAGGAACUCAAGGCCGCCCACCCCAACGACGUCGAGUUCCUCGGCUUCCCCUGCAACCAGUUCGGCUCUCAAGACCCCGGCAGCAACGACACCAUCCAAGAGUUCUGCCAGCUCAACUACGGCGUCUCGUUCCCCGUCCUCGGCAAAACCGACGUCAAUGGCGACAAGGCCGAGCCCGUCUUUGAGUGGAUGAAGAGCGAGCAGCCCGGCCUCAUGGGCUUGAAGAGAGUCAAGUGGAACUUUGAAAAGUUCUUGAUUGGCAAGGAUGGCAAGGUCAAGGGCAGAUGGGCUUCCACCACCAAGCCCGAGAGCUUGAAGGCUCCUAUCGAGGCUCAGCUCAAGGCUUAGAGUUCAGAGGACAACGAGCGAGAGGUCGACGAGGAUGGCAUUUGCAUUACAUGACUGCGCGGGAGGCGUAGCGCGAGUCUAUCGAACAACCUGAUACCCGUGUAUUUUUCCAUAACCAGACAUGUUAUCACGAGAAUGAUAUAAAGACCAACUAUGCUUUCUCAAGAAUGAACUGUUCAUGCCCAUGUACGCUGCUCAGCGCUCAACAGUUGCUGACAAAGUGCAAAAAUGUUAGAUCUGCACUCUACACCUUGACACAGUCUCAAAGUUGGCCUGCCAGAGGCUGCAAUCAUCUGCUAUACGAACUAUUGGUAUGCCAGAUCGCCCAGCAAAGCGAACACGAGAAUCCUCGGAGCCGGGGACAUUCACCGCCCUCGAGCCGCCCGACUCCGUCCCAUUCCCUGACUUUACAGCAUCUAUCUAUACCACGACAUAACACCAUUAAAUACAUCAUCGUCAGAG